GACGUCAGCCCCUGCAGGUCUGCCGACAUCCGUGGCCCAGCGAGCACGCUACGCCACCUACUUCGAUGUGGCGGUGCUGCGCUGCCUGCUGCAGCCGCACUGGACAGAGGAGGGUGUGCACUGGGCCUUGAUGUUCUACCUCCAGCGGCUGAGGCAGAUCCUGGAGGAGAGACCCGAACGCCCCCCGGAGCCCCUGGUCACGCCUCUGCCACGACCACGCAGCAGCUCCAUGGUCGCUGCGACCCCCUCACUGGUCAACACGCACAAGACCCAGGAUAUGAGUCUGAAAUGCAACGAAGAAGGAAAAUCUCUGAGCACGGAGACGUUUGCAAAGGUGUCUCUGACUAACCUCCGUCGACAGGCUGUCCCAGACCUCUCCUCCGACCUGGGCAUGAACAUCUUCAAGAAGUUUAAGAACCGGCGUGAGGACCGGGAGAGGAAGGGCUCCAUCCCCUUCCACUACACAGGAAAGAAGCGACAGCGCCGUAUGGGGGUUCCCUUCCUGCUUCACGAGGACCACCUGGACGUCUCGCCCACCCGCAGCACCUUCUCUUUCGGGAGCUUCUCCGGCCUGGGCGAUGAUCGACGAGCUCUGGACCGUGGCGGUUGGCAGGCCACGAUCAUGGGCAAAUUCACACGGAGGGGCAGCACGGACACAGCUGCAGACGCAGACAGCCUGAGCGCCAAACACUCCCAUUCCCACCACUCUCUCCUAAGAGACAUGCCCGACCACUCCAACAGCCACAGCGACAACACCGUCAAAGAAGUUCGAUCUCAGAUCUCCACCAUCACCAUGGCGGCAUUCAACACAACCGUGGCGUCCUUCAAUGUGGGCUACGCUGACUUCUUCACCGAGCACAUGAAGAAACUCUGUAACCCCGUCAUCGUCCCUGAGAUGCCUGUGGAGCCGCUGGCCUGCGCCAACCUGCCGCGCAGCCUCACCGACUCCUGCAUCAACUACUCCUGUCCGGAGGAAGGGGAGAACAUCGAGGGGACCAACAACUUUGUGCUGAAGAACGGCAUGCUGGACCUCACCGCCGUGCUGCGGGCCCUCUACGCCGUCCUCAGUCAUGACAUCAGCUCCAGGAUCUGCGACGUGGCCCUCAACAUCAUCGACUGCCUGCUGCAGCUCGGCGUGGUGCCCGGCAUGGGCAAGAAACUGUCCAAGCCCGACAACAAGGAGAACCAGGAGGCACGGGCCAAAGACACGACCGGUCAAGGUCUCGGAGGAGGCGCGCAGGGAGGCGGAUCGCUACCCGGAGCAGGUGGAGGGGGAGACGGAGGCAGUGGAGGAGGAGGGGGAGGAGGGGGAAGCGGUGGAGGAAGUGGAGGAAGUGGGCAGGGGAGCAAGGACGAUGUGAAGAAUAACAAGGACAAUGAUAAAAAGGAAGAAGGCUCCAGCCUCAGCACCCACCGCUUGGCUCUGACCAUGCUGAUAAAGAUUGUUAAGUCUCUUGGCUGCGCCUACGGCUGUGGCGAGGGCCACCGCGGUCUGUCAGGAGACCGCCUCAGGAUGCAGGCCCAGAACUGCCUGACCAGCCUGUACAAGCUGGACAAGCUGCAGUUCCGUCAGACAAUACGCGAGUAUGUGAACAAAGACUCUCUCAAUAACAUUGUGGACUUCCUGCAUGCGCUGCUGGGCUUCUGCAUGGAGCCCAUCACCGACAAGUACGGCAGUGCAGGUGAGAGGUCCAGGAGGGCGAAAAAAAGAAACAUCGACAAGGCAGGCUUCCGCAACAACUUCACCACGGGGGACAACAAGUCCGUGGCCCAGAAUAUGGAGGCUGUGGUGGUGGGCUGCAUGUUCAAGUCCCUCAUCACCCGCUGCGCCUCGACCACACACGAGCUGCACAGCCCAGAGAACCUGGGUCUGUACUGCGACAUCCGCCAGCUGGUGCAGUUCAUCAAGGAGGCCCACGGAAACGUGUUCCGCCGGGUGGCGCUGAGCGCGCUACUGGACAGCGCGGAGAAGGUCACCACCACCAAGAAACCCGACGAGAAGGAAGAAGGAAAACAACCUGGACCCAGGAG